AUGCCACCCUUCCCGCGUCCUCCAUCGCGCUCUGCCAGUGGGAGCAUUCCCUUGCACUUGUCCAUGUCACACUCUCCUGUCGGCGCGUUCUCGUCGAGUCCAGCACGGAUCGAGCGGGCGGAGGGCGAGGAAAAGCUGAAGGAGCGCGGAGCUCUUGUCGCCCCGCGCUGGAAGGGCCAUCCCCGAACGGAACGCGCUCUCCCCUCCUCCACCCCUUCUGCCACUCUUCUCCGAAUCCCACCCUGCUUAUUCCCUCACGCGUGA